AUGAUAUCAUCUUCUCCCUCCAAACUAUUUUUAUUAUCAUUCAUUCUUUGCAGUCUCUUCCAAGAACACACUCAUGCCCUUAAAAAGGCAUAUAUUGUAUACUUGGGAGGACAUUCUCAUGGUCCAAAUCCUUCUCUUGAUGAUCUUGACUCAGCCACAAAUUCACAUUAUGAUUUACUUGCUUCAAUCUUAGGAAGCCAUGAGAAGGCAAAGGAAGCAAUUAUGUAUUCUUACAAUAAACACAUAAAUGGAUUUGCUGCAUUACUUGAAGAUGAAGAGGCAUCGAAGAUUGAAAAGAACUCGAAUGUAGUUUCUGUUUUCUUGAGCAAAGAAUAUAAGUUGCAUACUACAAGGUCAUGGGGUUUUCUUGGAUUGGAAAAAGAUGGAGGAAUUUCUCUUGAUUCUGCUUGGUGGAAAGCAAGAUUUGGUGAAGAUUCUAUCAUUGCUAAUUUAGAUUCAGGCGUUUGGCCAGAACAUGUGAGCUUCAGCGGUAUUGGAUAUGGUCCAGUGCCAUCAAAGUGGCGUGGGAAUGGGGUCUGUGAGAUUGAUCAUUUUAUUACUUCUUCUAAUGCAACAACAUUAUGUAACAGAAAGCUAAUUGGAGCAAGAAUAUUCAGCAAAAACUACGAAGCACUAUAUGGAAAUCUCAACCCUGCAAACCUCACUGCACGUGACUUCAUUGGCCAUGGAACACACACCUUAUCAACAGCCGCAGGUAACUUUUCACCUGACGUAACAAUUUUUGGCAAUGGCAAUGGCACUGCAAAAGGUGGAUCGCCUAGAGCACGUGUAGCGUCCUACAAAGUAUGUUGGUCGAAGACGGAUGUUGCUGGAUGUCAUGAAGCUGAUAUUCUAGAUGCUUUUGAUCAUGCUAUAAAUGAUGGGGUUGAUGUGAUUUCGACUUCUUUGGGUGGUUCUAAUCCUUAUGUCGAGGCUUUGUUUACGGAUGGGAUUUCGAUUGGGGCGUUUCAUGCUGUUGCGAAGAAUGUUGUUGUUGUUUGUUCUGCUGGGAAUGAUGGACCUGGUCCUAGGACUGUUACGAAUGUUGCUCCUUGGUCUUUUACUGUGGCGGCUAGUACAAUUGAUAGGGAGUUUGUUAGUCAGAUUUCUAUUGGUGGCAAACAAUAUAUUAAGGGUGCAAGUCUUAGUAAAGGCUUACCAUCAGGUCCAUCAAAGAAAAUAUAUCCAAUGAUUCAUUCCAUCGAUGCUAGAUUUCUCAAUGCAACAAUUCAAGACGCCCGUUAUUGCAAGCCUAGAACACUUGAUCCUACCAAAGUAAAGGGAAAGAUAUUAGUCUGCACUCGACUCCAUGAAACAACAUCUAUAGCUCAAGGCUUUGAAGCUGCUCUUGCAGGGGCAGUAGCAGUUUUUGUGAUCAAUGACGAAAAAAGUGGAAGCAUACUUCUAGCUGAGCCUCAUCCUUUACCUGGUGCAAGCAUGGAUGCUAAUGAGGAUGACGAUAUUGACGAGCGCGAAUGGUUCGGAAAAGGUGGUACAGACAAUAACGUUACCAGGAGAAUGCUUGCUUACAUGUCGGCUUCAACAACAUAUACCGGAUUAAAGCCAGCUCCAAUUAUGGCUGGAUUUUCAUCUAGAGGUCCUAGUGCAGUGCAGCCAUUGAUACUCAAGCCUGACAUAACUGCUCCUGGAGUGAACAUAUUAGCUGCAUAUUCACUAGGCACCAGUCCAUCUAAUCUACCGUCCGAUCCACGCCGAAUUCCUUACAAUCUGCAACAAGGAACCUCCAUGUCUUGUCCUCAUGUUGCUGGCAUUGUUGGUCUUCUCAAGACACUUCAUCCGAGUUGGAGUCCAGCCGCUAUCAAAUCAGCCAUCAUGACUACCGCUACAACACUAGAUAACACCAAUCAACCGAUCCGUGACGCGUUUGAUAAGAUAUCAACUCCAUUCGAAUAUGGUUCUGGACAUAUUCAACCUAACCUCGCAAUGGAUCCUGGUCUUGUUUAUGAUCUAAACACAAUAGAUUACUUGAACUUCAUAUGUGCUUCUACUCACAGUCAAAAUUUACUAAAGUUCUUUAACGAAACCUCUUUCACUUGUCCUGAAUAUUACAACAUUGAAGAUCUCAACUAUCCUUCAAUUACGGUACAUAAUCGAGGGUUAAACACUAUAAACAUUACUCGUACCGUUACGAAUGUUGGUUCUCCAAGCACAUAUGUUGCUCACGCUCAACAUCCUGAAGAGCUUAAGGUUUAUGUUCAACCAAGUUCUUUAACUUUUGCAAAAAUUGGAGAAAAGAAAACAUUUCAGGUGAUUCUUGAAGUAACAGGUGUGCCUCCUAGUGGUUUUCCAGUAUUUGGGAGUUUGAGAUGGACAAACGGUAACCACAUGGUGACUAGUCCUAUUGUAAUUCUGUAA